AUGAAAAUACUGUUUAUCGGAGAUAUAGUUGGAAAUCCGGGCAGAGUAGCAACAACGCAAUUUCUGGACGAACAUCAGCACAAAUACGACUUCAUCGUUGUAAACGGAGAGAACGCAGCGGGUGGCAGAGGGUUAACGUUUGACAUCGUCGACCAACUUCUGGCAUCUGGGGUCUCCGCGAUUACAACUGGGAACCAUGUUUGGGAUAAUAAAGAUAUUUUUCGCUUUAUAGAUACAACACCGCAACUGAUACGCCCUGCGAAUUAUCCGACCGAUGUCGCAGGACGCGGCGUAACCAUUGUUGCAUCCACUGACGGGCAAACUCAACUCGGUGUUAUCAAUCUCGCCGGACAGAUUUUCAUGAGUCCUUACACCAAUCCGUUUCACGCUCUUAAUUCGAUUAUACCUGAAGUGAAAGCAGUGACACCCUAUAUCCUCCUCGACUUUCAUGCAGAAGCAACCUCUGAAAAAAUUGCGAUGGGCUGGCACGCAGACGGCAGGAUAGGAGCGGUGAUCGGCACGCAUACGCACGUUCAGACAGCGGACGCACGCGUCCUUCCACAGGGUACCGCCUAUAUCACAGAUGCCGGUAUGACCGGACCCUACGACUCAGUUAUCGGCACAAGAACUGACGAUGCGCUUGAACGGUUUUUGACGAUGAUGCCCACCCGAUUCACCGUCGCUAAAAGAAACGUCAAACUUUGUGGUGCCGAGAUAGAACUUGACGAACAAACAGGGCUGGCAGUGAGCAUCAUGCCAUUCCAGCAUCAGUAUUAA